GUUUGUUCCGUCUAUUUUCUGACGUGUGUUGUGUUUGUUUCGUAUUCAUUGUCGAAAUUCGUCGCGUUCGACUUUUUACUCCCCGGGAUCGGCAGCACGAAACACGUACGAUGUUCGCAGCGUGGAUCAAUAUAAAAUGAAAUGAAAUCUGAGCGUUUAUUCAGAGAUGAAAUCCUGAAGAAACGGAAUCUACUAUCAUGAUGGAACCACCCCUUACGAGUAAGGUUCUCCGGGCCCCUAAUUUAAAGAGAGGUCAAGAGAACAUUAGGAUACAGAAUAGGAUCAAGUUAGAACGAGUGUUGGGCGUAACUGUAUCCAGCAAUGCAGCCCUUGAUUGCGACACGACCAUCGAGCUGGUUGCUUAUCCAGCUGGCUGCACCGUCGUUCUAUUCAAUCCACGGAAGAAUAGUCAGGCGCAUGUGUUGAACGCCUGUCGCAAAACCGUAACUUCUCUAGCGCUCGCCGGAGAUGGCAAGCUUCUGGCAACGGGUGAAUGCGGUCACAUGCCGAACGUCCGUGUCUGGGAUAUCUCCGAUCCGCAUAAUGCAGUGCAGAUCGCGGAAUUUGCCGGGCACAAGUACGGCAUCAAUUGCGUGGCAUUUUCACCAAGCAACAAGUACGUCGUAUCGGUUGGCUCGCAGCAUGACAUGAUCGUUAACGUCUGGGAUUGGAGGAACAACGUUAAAGUAGCAUCCAACAAAGUUUCAAGUAAAGUAAAGGCCGUCUGCUUCGCGGAAAAUGGCAAUUAUUUCGUUACAGUGGGUAACAGACACGUCAAGUUUUGGUACUUGGAGUAUUCUCGCAGUGCCAAGUACAAGGAACCUGUGCCUUUGAUGGGCCGAUCUGCCAUAUUAGGGGAACAAAGAAAUAACGACUUCGUUGACGUAGCUUGUGGCAAGGGGGAAAUGGCAGACUCUACGUAUGUGAUUACCAAAACGGGCCUGUUGUGCGAAUUUAAUAAUAGGAGGCUUUUGGACAAAUGGGUCGAACUCCGAACCAGCAGUGCUAAUUGCAUGACAGUCGGAGAUAAAUAUAUUUUCAUCGGAUGCGCCGAAGGAAUUGUGAGGUGUUUUAGUCCUAGCACGCUUCAAUUUAUCACUACAUUACCGCGGACACACUAUUUGGGGGUUGAUGUCGCGCAAGGAUUGUCCAUCAGUCAUAUGUCUCAACAUCCACCUAACGCGAGGUAUCCAGAUACAAUUGCGUUGGCGUUCGACGAACGAAACAACAAGCUGACCUGCAUCUACAAUGACCAUAGCAUUUACGUUUGGGAUAUAAAAGAUAUCAGACGAGUCGGGAAGUCGCACUCGUUUCUAUAUCAUUCGGCCUGCAUUUGGGGUGUCGAGAUGUAUCCAGCCGGUCCAGACUCUAUCGGUGCAAUGCCGCUUGGGAGCUUCAUCACUUGCUCCAGCGACGACACAAUAAGGAUUUGGAAUUUGGAGAAGGAUAUCUCGCCAAAUAAUACAUUGUACAAACGAAACAUUUAUAGCAACGAAUUGCUCAAAGUCUUGUAUGUGGAUCCAGAAUUGACUUAUCUGAAGGAUCUGGAUUUAGCCGCUGCAGGAUCCACGGAAAAAAGCGACGCGUCUUAUGAUGGUCGUAAUGGCGUAAGAUCUAUAAGAGUCAGUCCUGAUGGCAAACAUCUUGCCUCCGGAGAUAGAUCUGGUAAUAUUAGAAUUCACGAUGUAUCUUCGUUAGAAGAAUUGUGUUUAAUAGAGGCACAUGACGCUGAGGUGUUGUGUUUAGAGUAUUCGAAAUUUUCGCAAUACUCGGUAAAUGUCCCCAGGCUAUUGGCAAGUGCGUCACGAGAUAGAUUAAUUCACGUUUUUAGCGUGGAUCAGGGAUAUAAUUUCUUGCAAACGCUCGACGAUCACAGCUCGUCCAUUACUGCUGUCAGAUUCUUCAACCAAUCAAAUCAGGAUAAUCAAAUACAGAUGGUAUCCUGCGGCGCCGAUAAAAGUAUUAUUUUUAGACAACUGCAAUCGACACCAGGUGGAAUGCCACAAUUCGCAAGAGAUCAUAACGCUCAGGGAAAAACCACUCUGUAUGAUAUGGAAGUCGAUUCUGGACAAAAGCAUGUUUUAACUGCGUGUCAAGAUAGAAAUAUUAGAGUUUACAAUGUUGCAACGGGUAAACACAAUAAAACUUUUAAAGGCUCCGUUAGUGACGAUGGCUCACUAAUCAAAGUCGUUCUAGAUGCGUCCGGUAUUUAUGUAGCUACCUCAUGUACAGACAAAACACUUUGCGUAUACGAUUAUUACAGCGGUGAGUGUAUGGCCACUAUGGUCGGCCACUCGGAACUGGUGACAGGUUUACGUUUCAGUCCGGACUGUCGUCACCUCGUAUCUGCGAGCGGCGAUGGUUGUGUGUUCAUAUGGCGCGUUCCACAUGAUAUGGUUGUGACUAUGCAAGCUCGUCUAGCUCAACAAGCAAUGCGUGCCGGCAAGAAACUGCCUCAAGUCAAUGUUAGUAGCAUUGAUAUGCGAUUGGACAAAGAAACUUUCGGAUCACCCCCACCGGAUUUCCUUGAUCCCAAUGCGAAUCCGACGCCUCAAGGUAUCGGCAUGGAUUACAGAUUUAGCGUGGGUCAAUUGCCAUUAUGGGCGAAGAAACAAAUAAAUACCGCAAAUACUGAUGAUAGCGCGGUGCUUGACUUAAAUGUCAGAUCCCUUAAUGUUGAUCUACCCAAAGGAAGAUGGGCACAAAGAGUUCAAGAAAGCGAUGGUAUCACUGUAAAAUCCGUUUACGAUAGUGAUGAAGUUAUACCGUUUCCUCCUUCUCGUAGUGCCAUUGAUUCGGAUGGCGGUGGCGGUGGCGAUGGUUCGAAGGAUAGCUCCAUCGACAGUGGCACGGAGACGAAAUAUAGCAGUGAAUAUCGCCGAGAAAUAACAAUUAGUAAAAGAGAAGAGGGAGAAAACAUAUUUCAGCCUUGUCCCGAAAGUUAUAAAGAGAUAGAAAAUGAGACAAAACAGAUAAUUGAUGAUAAGGUAACAAUAAGAAACAGUAUCACGGAAUUAACACGUCAGUCGAGGAGUCGUCACCACACCGAUGAUAGCAGCCUUGGCAGCUUUAAAUUUGAGGAUCAUGAAAGCACUGAGCAUGAUGGGGAUGUUGAAGAUUAUUCCGAAGGAGAAAAUGGAACGACUGGAUCUGAGAAAUCACAUCAUAGAUUAAUAUACUAUCCUCCAUCAGAAGAUGUUAUAUCAAAUCAAUUCACUGUUAAUGCAAUAGACGUUGAGGAGCUUCGAAGAUCGCAAAGGCGGCAAAAAAGAUUGAAGAACGCAGAAAAGGAGAGUCGGACGAGCGAAUUGACCGCGUCUGGAAGUCAGGAUGAAUCUGAUUCGGAAGGCGGUGCGUCAACACCUAGCGCCGAAAGAAAUCCACUAUCCAUAUUAUCCGAGGCUAGUUCAGAAGGUUUCGAUCAGCUCGCUAAACAGAAUCAUAGGGAAAAAUAUUUGAAAAACGCCUUCGAGUCACUUAGUGGAGCGGAGGAACCUGUGAAUCGUAUAAAAACGACGAGUAUUAGUUCCCAAUUUCAUGGAAGACUUAGUGGUGGUGAAGGUAACACCACAAUACGUAAUGUAACAGUGGUUAACGCAACCAAACACGCAAGAGGCGAUGUCGAUGUAGUGAAGAAACGGGAAGAAUUGCAAAGAAGGAUAGAGGAGACUAGAAGGAAAUUACAAAGUGUCGGCUACAGAUCAUCAUUGAAAUCGAGCCAGAGCAUAUCCGAUUUGAGCAGCCAUAUACAAACGAAGCAUCAUCGUUCGAGGCUCACAGGUAACAGAUUCGGUCAGAAAAAUCAAUUUUCAAAACCGACUAAUCCCUGCAAACCUAUGCUAAAUCCAAAGUCCACAUUUAAACCUCAACAACUUACUAACAAGGUUCAAGGUAUGGGAAAUGUAUUAUCUAAACUAGAGGUACCAAAUGAAAACUGUUUCCCAAAAAAUCAGACUAUAUUAUCUAUCGAUGAAAAAACAAAACCAAAUCUUAACCGUCCAUUAACAUUGACGUUAAAGAAAACUGAAAAGUAUAAGCUGUCCUUGAAUAAGGCCAAUCAAUCCUUGCCCGAAUCUCCCGUGUGCGAGGAAUUGAAAUUACUGAAGGAACAAUGUAGGAAGAGCAAUGGAGCUCGGUUCGCGAGGUUUGCUCAGAAGAGAAAAUCGUGCAGCUAUUUCAUCGGUCUAGAUGAGGAUAUGGAGAACAUCGCGAAGUCCGUUGAAAGUUUACCGGCCAUGAACGAGCGUAACAUGGAAAAUCUCAAGGAAAAAAUGGACGAUGCUGAGGAAAAUGGCAACUUCAGCGACGAUUCCUUGGAGGGGGACUUUAAAAAUCCACCCCGACGUUGCGUCAGCGAUUAUCAGAUCAACGUUCACAUGGACGACCAUAGAAAUUACACGACGAAUUAUCCGAGUUUUCAAAAGAAAAUUUUAACCGGCUCUCAGGAAAGCAUACUUUCAGACGCCUCUAUCGAGUCCUUCUCCAAGGAAAGCGUCGAUAUAGAUUACACUCAUUACGACCACGAUAGGCAUUCGAGUGCGAGCUUCUUUCUGUCUCGACGUAAGAUGCAGGCUUGUAGAAGUCAAGAAAGUAUAUUGACUGACGAGUCGGAUUAUCAGAUAUUUCCACUGCGCGAGAAUACCGCCCACCGAAGCACAGAGAGUGUCUUAACCGAUGAUUCCGAUUCUCUGGUGAAAUCUGCGCCCUUGGAAAUGCUGUUCGAUUCGCAUUACAAACGAAAGAGGCAAAAUUCCGAAACCUAUAGCGAAAACCCCGACAAUGUUGCACGAGCUGCUGUAGAUAAUCCGCAAGAUUCCGUCAACGAGAAUGCAUUGUGCAGAACGGUAUUCAGGUCCAGAUCCUUGCAAGACACCAGAAUUAGCCAAACGAAGAACGACAUAAAUUUGCUGGAAAAUAACGCGUCUCCGGAAACUCGCGUUUACUAUGAAUUUAAUUUUGACAAUGAACCCAAGAAAAAUGUAGAUCCGACAAUUUAUGGCAAAUCAGAAGCGAUCUCGCGUAGCAGUAGCCUGAAAGUGCCUGUGAAACCGGAAUCGAUGAUGAUUUUGAAUAACUUUGUCCCUCAUAAGCCACCGAAGCCCAAAAGAAAUGUAUCUCGUACGCAGAGUAUGCGUAACAGAAUGAAACCAAGCUGGAAGUACAUCGAUACCCCAUCGUUAUCUGCUGUAAAAAACACCGAUUCCGAUUAUACAGCGCUUUCCACGAAUUCUUAUUCGGAAUAUCGAGUUGGCGAGUCAGAAAUUAAACGAGAUCCAAUGAAUACCGAGACAAUGGGGCAAGUUCUGCAGUCUACAAACUACCCAGAGCAAGAAUCUGACAACGAUAAAGACCCUAGGCACAAGUUCUACAGUUUGCAAGCUCAUUGCACCGAUAACAAUGCCAGAUUGCAGGAAACAUUUUUAUGCGACAGGAGCGAUUCCUCACAUUUAAUGAAGACUCGUUACCUGGGAAAAGCUCAUCAUACGCUCGAGAAGCAAGGCGUGUCCUCCGACAAGAAGCAAAGCUGCUUCGAAAAUGAAAUCCCGACGAAAGACACGGAAACUUAUGACUCGUUGGAGCCUGGUGGGGCCUCCUGCGAUUUACAAUCUGCCAAUAAACGAAUUGACAACCUGGACGCGAACAUGGAUAUCCGGAUAACUCGCGCCAUCGAGGGUACCGUGAAGCUACUUUCUAAGGAGUUUGAAAAUUUAGUGAGGCAGAAACAGUACUUUAUGAAGGAGAAGUGUCUGCGAAUGAGCCAGGAUAGGGGCGAGAACUUCGCUAAGUUGCAGGCCGAGCGAGAGAAUAAAUUCUGCGUCAAUAAUGACUGCGAUUGCGUCGACACAUCGGCGAUGGACAGAUCGCUGAUGGAGAGCGGCUCCUCCACGUCUGCCUCGAGCUGCACCAAUUCACCAAAGAGAAUGUGGCCGCCCGCGUCGCGAUGUCAGAGUUACAUGAAGUGGACGAAAACCCUGCCUACGAUCAAUCAAGUGAUUCUUCCCACGAAACAUCCUUACGCAGUUUCAGGAAAAUUAGGGAAUAAAAACAUAAACACAACGUCAAGAACAGGUUCUGGAAGUGCCAAUCUUAGCAGUCAAUCCAAACAUGCUUCAGGAAAGACACAUAUAACAAGAAGCAGCAGCGUUGGUGUUUUAAACCAAAGCGAUUCAGAAUCGGAUGCUGGCACAGUAGGGGGAAAUAGUAGAGGAUGGAAUAGUCAAUCCACCAACAACAGAAUGAGCGGUUUAAUGAGGCCAACGAUUAGUUCUCAAAACAAAAUCAAUCAUCAAAAUAAAUCAAGCUCUUCUGGUAGCAAUGUUUCGUCAAUUUUGAGAAGACGUGGAAUGCAAGGAGCUUUCUCAACUAUUAAUCUAAGUCAAGUAGGAAAUCAAGAAGAUUCCAGUUCAGAGGAUACCUCUUCGAAUGGAAAUGGAGGGAAACCAGCGUUACCACCAAGACCUAGAAGUAUUAGUAUUGAUCAUUCUUCUGCUAGUUUAAGUUUACCCAGCACAACAAUGAGAAGAUCUGGAUCGACAAUUAUUAUAACAAAUGGUCGGAGUGGUGCUAGUGUCAUCGAACAAAAUGGAAGCAAAAUAUCCGCGACAAAUAGAAAUCAGCUGGAGCCUAGUCCACACGAGUUACCAGUCAAAGAUACGGAUCGUACUAUCGAUGUAGCUAGUGCCGAAUUAGGCAUGGAUAAAACAUUAGUGUCCACACAAUUGUGUAAUACGAUCGCGGACGAACUCAUGCGAACUGCGGAUAAUGUUGUGCAACUGUACAAACGUCUGACGAUAGACAAUAAUGAUGACCCCUCUGCAGAAGCGAUCGAUAGGGACACGAUGUUACGAGGACUGGAAUCAUCUGUUAACGAAACCAUGCGUACUUUAAGAUUGGUCAUUGCCGGUAAUGAGAGUCAUAACGACGGAAGCAGUAAGAGUAUCAUCACCAACGAGGCGACCGCGAAGUUUCAAGAACUACUCGCUGGUCAGGAUCAAGGCAAGGUAGUUAAUAUGAUGCAGCAGUAUUCCGAAUUACUUUUGACUAUGAUGCAACAACGGAUGGGAGGAACUCAAUCAAGUCAUACAUAAAAUCCGUCCAUUCAUAAAAGGAAUACGAUCAUCCUCAUAUUUAAUGUAUUGGCAUAUCAGUGAUAAUGCAAAGAAUGUAUCUCGUGGCAGUCUCUUUUUAAAUAUUGUAUUCUUGAUAAUUCUCCAACUUUUUAUUUAUAAAAUUUAAAUAUGUGUUAAAAGUGGAAAAGAAAUGCUCUCUCUAUCUCUAAAAACUUCAUAUACUCAUCAUAAUAGCAUGAAAAUUUUCCCUCUUACUCAUGAUUAGUUGUACUCGCUUUUGUAAUUCGCUUUUAAAAAUUCGAUAAAUUAAUAAUCGAUGUAUGCAAUAUUAUAGCACAAAAUUAUGUAGCACAAAAUUUGUUAUCAUCGCUUCUACAUGACGGAAGAGAUAUAAAUCAUUAUUUUCACUUACUGUCGCGAUAUUGAAAUUAGUCUAUGUAUAAUCUAUAUUUGCUUAGAGAAAAGUCAUACGAUAAAUUAAGUAAAUAACUACACUGAAUUACAUUUUAUUGUUAAAUAUAGAACUGAUUAUGACUCAUCCAUUGUAUCUUGAGGCCAUAUGCCAUGUAAUGCCAAUUAACUAAAGACUAGUGGAAUAGUUUUUAAAUACAUGUAUGUGUGUGUAUGCGCGUGCGUGCUCACGCGUGGAUGUGCGUACGUGUGUGUCUAUGAGAUUUGUAUUAUAACAUAAUAAUUAAUAUUAAUGUUCUUAUGUAACCAAAGGUUGUAUGUAUUAAUGGUCUAAAGGAAAUACCAUCCUUUUUCUUCAUAAUUAAAGCUUCGCAAAAAAUCGUAAUAAAAAGUACGCAGUAUAAACUUGCCAAUAUAACAUAGAAGCAUCUAAUUAUAAUCAUUGCAUCAAGUACGAAUCAAGCUUUUCAAGUUUGUCAAUAAAAUUUCCUCAAUAUAACUAUUUCAGAAUUAAUGAAUUAUAGUUUAAUGGAACUUAAUAUUUUA